GGUGUCGUCGUGUGAAGAGGUGCAUACAUCGUUGCGCUUGUGCAUAAUCGGGCUAGGGAGGAGGUGACUUCGUGUGCGAUCGUGCUUUGUCCGUUUUUCAUUUAACCUCUCUUGCAAUACAUGUGAGAGAAGAAUCAUUUGUUCUAGCCUCCGCCCCCCUUAGCGACUCGACACGCCGAGGCACGAGAAAGAAAGAAAGAAAGAGAUGCGGCUGCUACGCAAAGUCCAACACCCCGACGGCUCCAUCGAAGUGGGCGUCUCUGUGGCCACCUCGGAAGACCUAUGGCACCUCUAUAACUUCAUCCUCGUCGGCGAUCGGGUCCUGACACGGACGCGUCGUAAGGUGCCGCGUGAAAACGCGCUCGGCACCAUCGCGGCCGAGAUGAAGAUGCUGAAUCUCGAGGUGGAGGUGCUGCAGAUUGACUUCACGCCGGAUGAGCUGCGCAUCCAGGGGGUGAACAAGAAGGAGAACAACUUCGUGAAGCUGGGGGUGCACCACACGCUGACAGUGCACGCCAACCCCCCGCAGGAGGUGCGCAUUACGAAGGCGGAGUGGGACCCCAUCUGCGAGGAGCGCCUGAAAGACGCGUGCGAUGAGACCGCGAAGGCGGACACGGCUGCCGUGCUGAUGAGCUUCGGCGAGGCGCAGGUCAUCUUGGUGACGCCCUCCUUUAUGCACGUGAAGGCGAAGAUCGAUGUGAACAUUUCAAAGAAGCACAAGAGCGACGGUAAAGCUCGCGAUAAGAGCAUCGAAAAGUUCUUUAAGCAGGUCCUCGACGCGCUGGUCACACACGUCGACUUCAAGAAGACAAAGUUGGUGCUCCUGUGCUCACCGGGGCACGUGCGGGAAGAGUUCCAUGCGUACGUGAAGGAAGUGACGCAGCGCGCCGAUAAUGGGCCGCUUCGCGAGAUGUUUCUGAACCUCUCGAAGUUCCUUCUCGUGAAGGUGAACUCGACGACAAUCAGUGGUUUGAAGGAGGCCUUAGCCGAACCCGGCGUGGCGCAGCGCAUGGAGUCGACCAAGUGCGUCGACGACAUCCGCGUGUGGGAGAAGUUUCAGAACACGAUGAACAAAGACCCCGACCUCUGCGUCUACACCCCGCAGUUUGUCUAUCACGCCGCAACGACCGGUGCGGUGGAGACGCUCAUGAUUAGCGACGACGUCUUCCGCUCCGACGAACCAACCGUGCGCCGCUUUUUUCUUAGUCUAGUCAACUUCGUGCGGCAGAGCGGCGGUGCGACCGUGAACGUCUUCUCGAGCAAGCACAUCACCGGCGAGAAGCUGACGCAGCUGGGCAGCGUUGCCGCCAUCCUGCUCUACCCCUGCCCUGAGCUGGAGGAGAUGGAGGUGUUGCCUGAAUUCGUGUACACGAAGACCGUAGAAGACUUUAUUCGCGAGAACGCCAACUCGCGCGUCCCCGUUUGA